AUUUUAGAACACUUCCGGAUGCCAAGCUCGGUCAUAGAAGCUUAGAGUCCCUGCUUUCAGCUUGGUAGACCCCUCUUCAGUUCAUCGUGGCGCGCAGGCGCAACAAGAUCUUCUGAUUAAAGUAUCCAUUUUGAUCACAUGUGAGUAUCUCGAGCUGUUCUCGAUUUCGGUGAAAACUAAUGGUGCUAAUUGUCUGAACGAGUACAAGAAAUUAAAGAAUUCGACAGUGAAACAUCAGCUGGUUCGUAUUGAUGCGACAGUGUUAAUUAAACGUCGGGAAUUAAAAAAUACCUUCACAAUUUACAAUGGCAGACAUUGAAGAUACUCACUUUGAGACUGGUGACUCUGGAGCAUCAGUAACAUACCCUAUGCAAUGUUCUGCACUGCGUAAAAAUGGAUUUGUCAUGUUAAAAUCUCGACCCUGUAAAAUUGUGGAAAUGUCUACUUCAAAGACUGGAAAGCAUGGUCAUGCUAAGGUUCACCUUGUAGGCAUUGAUAUAUUUACCUCAAAAAAAUAUGAAGAUAUUUGUCCUUCUACACAUAAUAUGGAUGUGCCGUUUGUUAAGCGAGAAGAUUAUCAGUUGACAGAUAUAUCUGACGAUGGGUACUUAUGUCUGAUGGCUGAUAAUGGUGAUCUUCGUGAAGAUCUUAAAAUACCUGAUGGUGAAUUAGGAGCUCAAUUACGUGCUGAUUUUGAGGCAGGCAAAGAAUUACUUUGCACUGUACUAAAAGCUUGUGGCGAAGAGGUGGUAAUUGCCAUCAAAACCAACACUGCCCUUGACAAAUAAUUGUGUUCAGUUUUAAUCGUACACAACUAAACUAUCCGCUUAGCCAAUCGACACCUUCUCAUUGGUAAAAAAAAAAAAAAAACAAAAAAAAACAUAAGUCCACAGUUCCAACCAACAGCAGUUCAGCAGCGGACAAAAACAUCUUUUUAUCUAAGUAACAUCUACUUACUUACUAAUAUUAAAAAAAAAGAAAAACACAUGCUAAAGUUUCGAAGCAAUGUAAAACAAGAAGAAUUGGGUUUAUGGAAUUCUCAAUACCCAGUUUUAGACAUACACAAUUGCAUACACACAUAGGCACACACAUACGUUGUUUGUUAUACAAAAGAUACAACUUUUCAAACAAAAGUUGAUUAAGAAAUAAAAAUUAAAAAAAGCCUUUA